AUGAUGACAGCACCACUACCCCUCCUCGCGAUACCGUUCUCCCCCCCCAAUGAGUGGUCUUUCAAACUGCCUACAUGCUGGAGUGACCAGGACUGCCACAGCCUUUUAAAUGUCUCGUUGAAGCUCGUUGAAUGGACGGGAGCUCUCCUACCAGGGGACAAAAAUGCUGCUGCUGCAACGAUUACUUGUGGAAUAUACUGCAAUGAGGUUGAGAUUCUCGGUAAGGAGCAUAAAAGCUUUGCAGGACACGGCGUGAAGUUUUCCCGACUCCCAGGCUGGGAACCCAAUUCAUGGGGAUACCACGGGGAUGAUGAGUGCUCUUUCUGCCUAGAAAAACGGAACAUCGUAUGGUCCGACUUAUGUUGGUGA